UCACAGUUCUUACUAUUCAACUGUUCUACCUAGUGAUAGUGUAUUGUCAUUGAUAAUUGCUGGUGCUAAUUAAAUUGAUUUCACUUUUCUCAGUAUAUGGAAUUUGAAUAGACUAGACCUACUAUACUAUAUAAUAAGGCUGCGCCUAUUCAGACCCGGUAUCAGAAGUGAUAGGUUGGGUUUUUAAAAAACAAUUUUAAAUAUUAUUUUUGGGUUUGUAAAAUAAAAUUUGGUAUCGAAUAAAAGAUAAUUGAAUUGACUAUAUUUUUGUAAACCUAAUUCUUCAGUUUAAUUAAAAUAAACUACCACAAAUGACAUCCGAAUAGUAUUUGGUAGCCAGGACCGAAUAGCCACUUCGAUAGAAUGAUUUAUAUAUAUGUGCCUAAAUAAUAUACUAGUUCAUAUUAUUAUUAUCUGAUUCAUAUUCAUAUAAUAGUAUUAUUGACUAUUAUUAUAUAUAUGGAAUUCGAAAACUGCCUCAUUCAGACACCUAUACAGUCAUUAAAAAUAAAUUUUUAAUUUAUCCAGUGCCAGUAUUGUUGUAGCUGUAAUUUUCAAUUAUUAUUAUUUUCUAUAGUCCAUAGCAUAGUAUAACUUCUUUUUUUAAUUAUAUAAAUAUUCGUUUACAGUUAGGCCCAAGUCUGUGUCUGUAUUAACUGCAGCCUCUAAAACUAGUAAAGUGACUUAUAUUAUAAUAAUAAGUGGAUAAGGAAUGCUAAAAUAUUUGACGGAAUUUCCCAAGGAUACAACUAUAAGUUAUAACAUAUCAUUCCACCAUUUCAAUAAUCAAUGUCAUCAUGUUGAAGGAUAAGAACUGAGCAAGUUCAACCAAAGUAAGACUAAGUUUACUUUUGACCAUACUGUUAGUAGCCGAAUUACUUAAGUUAAAUCUUAACUGAAUGUUAAAAAAUGAGACUCUACCCAUCUUUAACUUACUAGAUAGAUAGUUGAGAAUCAAUGAAAUUGAACUGUACGCAUAAUCUAUCCCACUUUCUUAUUCUCAACUAAGCAUUUACACAUAUGAUAGUAGGCUGCUAAGUCAAUAGAGCUUAUAAUAAAAUAAUAAAUCAUUCUAUGUCUAUGUCAAUGACAUUAAUGAAUUCUAAUUAUGAUGAUAAAAUUAAUUAGUAAUUAAGUGUUUUAAAACAAUUUAAAGACACUAAUAUUUUUUGUUAUCUUGUGAAUGACUGGACACAUGACUUGAAAUGCUUUUUAAAAAGUAGUCUCUUUUUAUUCAGUUUAUGCAAACAUUAUGAUGUAAAAAUAUUAUAAAUAUAGAGAGGCCUAAACAUUAAGAAUAUUAGAGGGGUUGGAGAACAUGUCUGUGUGAUGCAUAUUAGUACUAUUUUUUUUUUUUUACACGUGAAAUACAUGGAUUAUUGCUUAUCUGAAAAAGUAAUUUAUUUAAUUAAUAUCCAUCUUUUUGGUUGAGUUGGUUAUAUAUUUUAUUUUUGUCAUGAGAAUUAGUUAAAAUUAUUUUUUAAACUUAUUAUCAUUUUGCCAAAUACACCAAAUAUGUGAUUUGGAGUUGCGAUGUAUAAAGUAAACUUCAACAACUAAAAAUCUUGUUUUUCAAUUAAAAUUUGUAUGCAGUACAGCAGGGAUGGGCAAAAUUUUGUGUGCCUAGGGCCACAUUGACAAAUGCAAAGCUAUUGGAGGGCCGCAUAUAUAUUUUGCCAUAUUAGUAUAACAUUACGAAGGUCAAGGACUGAAAAUUGGAAUGAAAUUUUAUUUAAAAAAUGUUAAAACAAUCAUAACGGUACAUGAAAUUCUGUAAAAUUCAACAAGAUAACUUAAAAACAAAGUAAUUUUUAAAAAUUUCUAAAUGCCCUCGGGAGCUGCAUCAGUUGCCGAGCCGUAAUUUGUCCACCCCUGCGAUACAGUGUAAGAAAAAUAUAAUCUGGUGGAGUAUUAUUAUUGUAGAAACUGAUUUUCCAAAGCAUUAGAUAAAUGUUUAUGCCUUAAUUGAAUCAUUUUCAGAGAAAAUAAUUUCCAAAAGCGAUAUGAAUAAUUCACUGAAUCAAAAUGAUAUUGAUGAGGAUGAUGUUACAACCCCCCUUCUGGGAAGCAGACAUGGACUCAGUAAUGCACCAUACAGGCCUGGAAGGUACAUGUGUUUCAUGAGUGUUUCGCUAGGUCAAUGUAUUUGGAAAAGUAUGUGCUGGUCAACCCAUCAUUAAAACUUACAAAAACCUAAUCUAUAAAAAGUAUUUGCUUUAAUGUUUUUGAUGAACUAUUAAUUCAUUAUGGUUCUCUAAUACCAUUAAAUAGAUUGCAAAUUUUCAGUGAAUCCAGAAAAGAAUAAAUGGGCAUAAGUCCAUAAUUUCAAUGAAAGAAGAAUGGAAAUAAAGUGGGUGACAGUAAAAUUUAAAAACCAAACAGGAAAAAGACAUUGGAGCUAUGUAAAAUUAUAAAUUUCAUUCUUUUCUUUUCUUUUUAGGAAGGAUACAUAUAUAAUAUGCAUAUAUAUAUAUAUAGUUAUUCUUAUAUGAAUGUUUUUUGUUGUACUGAAGAGGGCAUUAGCCGAAAUGUUUGCAUUUGUACUCUGUGCAACCAUCAUUAAAGCUUAACCUAUAUUGUUUUAUUUACAUAAAUUGUUUGUUUCUCAUUAAGCUACCUUGAAAGCUUUAUUGCAGUCCAACACUCUUAUAAUUAGCCUUUCCUUUUGGCAUGACUUGUAUGGUGUCAGUGGGUAACAAAUGUGUUCUUUUAAGUGCAUUUGGUGUGUACAACGAGGGAAGCAGCGAAUGAGACAAGAUCCACAUGGGAAUUAUUAUGAAAGAUAUUAAGCUCCCAAAUUGUGCACAUUAUUUAUGCUUUUUUUUUUUUUUACAGUGCCAUUGGAGUACCAAGCACUGUGGUUGAGCCUCCUAAUGUUUAUAGAAGUCGCUGGCGCUCAAUCAGAGUCAUGUACCUCACCAUGUUCCUGGGUUCUGUCACAUUCACAAUUACUAUGUCCUCACUGUGGCCUUUCUUACAAGUGGUAAAUACUUAUAUUAAAUUUGUUUUUAUUUAUUGUUCUUAUCAAUAGUCAAGCUUUGUAUUUGUAUUUAAAUAAUAUCUCCGACAACCAUCUUAAAAUUUUAUUUAAAAAAAAUAAUUAUUCCUUUAAAAGAAUAAAAAUGUAACAGAUUUGAAAUGAUUGUCAUAAUCUUUGUGAUGCCAAUGCAUGUACCUUGGAGUUUUCAUUGUACAGAAAAAGAGUAAAAUAUGUUUGUCACAUUUAAGUGAUAGAACUAUAUAAUGUUUAGAUUUAGCUGUUUGGCAAAUGGAUCAUAGUUUUAAGUUGAAAAAUGGCUUAACAGCUAUAUGCAAUAAUCAUAUCUUAUACCUCAAUAACAUGUGCCCCUAUAGGCAUUUGUAAUUGUACCUUGUUUUUUAAGAUUUAAAAAUAUUUUAUUUUUUACAAACGUUUAAACCUUCUCCAUAUUAUAGAAAUAAGCUGACAGAACCAAACAGUCAACAUUAAAUAGUGUAAUUUUUUUCAAGUAAAAAAAAAAAAAUUUGCAUUAAUUAUUUUUCAUUGGUGGAAAAAGAAUAUUAGUAAUUAAAAAAACAUAACAAGUUAAAAGGUUGACCAUGGAAUGGCAUUUCUGUUUAUCAAAUAAUGUGGAGUUCACCAUAUUAAAACUGCUAACAUUCUCAGGCAUUUAUAAAUAGGUAAUGUUUUUAAAUUUUCUCAUUGAGCUUAAGAAACCAUGCAAACUUUCCUUAUUUCAAUAAUUAAAAACACCUCUUUGUUAAUAUCUAGAGUUGGAAGAAGAAAAAAUAAACGCACACACUUUCUGUUGUCAGGAACUGAUUUGAAUAUGGUAUUAUUCAAUGUAAAUGAAAAUUAAGUUCAAUGCAGAAAAUAUAUUCUCAAAUGGCAAUGCCUAAUGAUGCACAGUUGACCUCUUAUCUAGAAUCAAGUGUUGUUUUUUUUUUAAAUUUAAAAUUGUGUGAUUAUGUUAUCACUAUUUUUUAUCUUACAACUAGAAAAAAGUAUGUGUGUAUUUACUAAUAAAGUUGUUUAGCCUUUGUCAUGUAAAUAAUUAAGGCUGGAAUUUGUUAUGAAUGUCAAGAUUUAUCAAAUUAUUUAAUUAUUCAAGGGACACAUAUCCCUUGUUAAAUAUCUAUAUUUUUACUUGGUGUAAUAAUGCUUAAGGGCUUCAAAGCAUUUACUUUCCUUUAAAUAAUUAUACUUUUUAGUUGAAAGAAAUCUACUAAUUAUUUUAAAAUUAUUAAAGAAUCUUGCUGUGAGGAAAGUAUUUUAAUAUUGUGUGACCUUUUGUAUAGAAGGGUACAGCUUGUAUCAUAUUUAACCUCAGCUCUUACUCUUAUCAGUGCAUCUGGUCAGGUUUUGAUAUGCAGAAAAGGCAAUAUAUCUUCUUCUAUAUCUUAAGGGCCCACGAUCAAUUUAUUGAUCAUUUUGGCUCCUAUGCAUGUAGAUGGGAUUUGCAAUGUUUCUGUUCCUGGUGUUGAUGUUGCAGUUAUAAUUUGAUAGGCUAUAGAAGUGGGGUUUUUUUAAUUUUCAAUUUAAAAAAAGUCAGAUACCUAGGUGUAAUUAUUCUGAAUAUGGUCAUAAAAAAUUGUCAAUGAAAUGUAAAGGAACUUGAUAAAAGUAAUGAAACAUUGCUGAGGAAAAAAAUGACUGAAAUAAAGAUUUAUUAAAGAUUGUCUAAAUCAUGUAAAUGUGAUUGAUAAGAAUAACCUAAUGAUACAGGGAUGAUGUCAGUGAAAGGAAUGCUAAUGAGCCUAAUGGGAUCAAUUUAUAUAUGGGCUUGACAGAAAUUUUUAUUUUUUUGAAUUGAAAGUUAUAAGAACUUUAUCUAGAAUAACAAUUUAAAUGUGAAAUUCUAUUAUAGAGAUAUGUAUUACUAUUAGCCAAUUUUGAAAAUGAGUGUAAAAAAAGCAAAACAAAGUUCUGCAUGCUUUGCUUUUACAAUAUUACCAGUGUGGAGUAAUCUCAAUCCAUACAUUUUAAUCCACAACUUCUGUUGUAUACUUUAAAAAUAUUAAUCAGUGAAAUUUUCAAUAAAUAAAUCAACCAAUAUUGAUAUUACCAGCUCAAUCUGUCAUCAACAACAUAAACUAUUUUUUCAAUGUCUGAUAUAAUAUCUCUCUUAAAUAUAAAUUUAAAUAUGGUAGUAUAACCCCUUGUCCUAUGUAGUUCGCCAUGAGUGCUAUUUUUAACUUAGCAUUCUUUUGUCACAAAAGCCAUACCCUUUCUCUGGCUGUGUAAUGAGUUCAGUGACGUUACUUGUCUACGUAUCUGUGGUUUUCCCCAACCUACUAGACCAGGGGUGUUCAACCUUCAGCCCAGGAUGUGACCCAACAAAAGAUCAUAAAGUUACAAACUUGACUAAAUAGGCCUUUAACCUUUACAAUCCUAUGUCUUGCUGGGUAAGACAAAGGAAUUUUCCCAUUGUGCCCCACUAUCUUACCCGGUGUUAUACACUUGUUUAAAACAAUUUCUACAACUCUUAUACCUUGCAGGGUAAUACAUUUUAUGUCCUAAAACAUAUAUGCCAACAUGUAUGGUUUACCUGUAUUUUUUACAGUUUUUAUGUAUUGGCCAAGUUGUAGGGCCGUAAGACAAUACAAUUGCCAUAUGAUGAAAUUUCACGACCUUUAAAGAUGGAUAACAUCAUGCAUUGUUUUAUCUAAGCUGUAACAUUUUAAACGGGCCAAGGAAUUGAAUCAUAUCCACUUAAAGGAAUUUAUGGAUGCUUACUAAGGGGGACAUCAUUUACUUUCAAAAGUAAGAUGGCUAAGUCGAGGUAAAAUGUUGAAAAGAUUUUAUGACUUGGGGAAGUGAAACAUUUUUGUGUAAUCACAAAGUUUUGCCAGAUUUGAAUGGUGAAAACUGGCAACACAGAUUUGGCAUUUGUAUUAGACUUGACCACUCAUUUAAAUGAGCUGAGAAUGAAUGUUCAAGGAGAAAGCCAACUGAUCAAUACAAUGUUUCAGUCUAUAACAGUGAUCGAAAUGAAACUUGAACUAUGGCAAUCUCAGGCUGAGGCAAAAAUUAUGCAUUUUAACACGUUGAAAAUUCUUUUCAAUGUGAUGCAGGGAAUUUGAGAACAGGUUUCAAAAUUAUCUGGAAAAGUCUUUUGGUAUUUUUGCAAUUCUAUUAACAUAUUACCUGCCAAUUUUCAAGAGGAAUGCAUAGAGCAACAAUCUGAAAUUAAACAGAAAAAUUUGAUCAUGUCUCUGUAUAGACUUCUAUGAGAUAUAUCUUCCCACAGAAAAAUAUCCCCCACUUCAUAGUCAUGCCUAAUUCAUGCCAUCACUAUUUGGGAGCAUCUACGUUUGUGAUGACCUAUAUUUGUGAGCACUUACAUUUGUGAGCACCUACAUUUGUGAGCACCUAUGUUUGUGAUCACCUACAUUUGUGAGCACCUAUAUUUGUGAUCACCUACAUUUGUGAGCACCUAUGCUUGUGAGGAACUAUUUUCAAAAGAAGAACCAAAAUAUCUGAUGAGCACCUUGAGAACUCACUGAGAAUUUCAACUACUUCCAACUAACCAAACAUAGAAGCAUUAGUGUCUCUAAAAGAAUGUUAAACAUCUCAUAUUGUCCUUGUCUUUUACAUUUAUAAUUUUUUUAAAUCAUAAAUUAAUGAAGUCAUAAUAAGUUUAUGCUAACUAUAUACUAUGUUUUUUUGUUUGGCUUAUCACAUCACCUAUCGUUUGUUUUAGUGUAUUUUAUGUGUGGCCCAAAACAACUUGUCUUCUUCCAAUGUUACCUGUUUUGGACACCACUGUACUAGAUGGUUAGAGAAUACUCUCUGACCCUUGACCUUCUAGAUUUUUUAUUCUGGGAAAUUAUUUCUCCUUGGCUAUAAAUACAAGAGGGUUGACUGUGACAAGUAGACUUACAAGAGACCUUCAGACCUUCAAGAACAUUCUGUGUGUAUACUUAUUUAUAUCAAUAUUGUUCUGCCAUCUAUGCAUUUAUAAACAUUACUGUAAGAGUAUGUAAGCCACAUUUUUAUAGCUCUAUUUAAAUGAUUUUUUGUAUUUUAAUUUAAAAAGUAUUCAACUUCUAUAUUUUAUUUACUCCAGCUUUGGUAUAGUUUUUUUUUUAAAUAUACUGAUCUUUCACUCCUCCGUUACGCAUUGUUUCUCUAAUAAGCCAACUUAAACCCAAAUAAAUUUGUUAAAUCUCAUAACAACCUCCUAGUAACAAAGGAGAAACCUUAUAAAAGUAUGUAAAAAUCUCUUACAAAUUAUGUUGUGAAAAUCUGAUCGACCUUUAAUAUUCCUUUCAGCUCAAUCCAUUGGUCAGCGAAAGUUUCCUAGGAUGGGUCGUGUCAGCAUACAGCUUAGGUCAGCUGGCAGCUUCACCUGUGUUUGGUGGGUGGGCCAAUCUUCGAAGCUCCAGUCGAGAACCACUGACUGUCAGUUUGUUUUUGACAACAUUUUCUAACUUGUUUUACAUGUACCUCCAGACUAUGCCAUCUCAUAAAGACUACUAUAUGAUACUGGCUAGAGGGCUGAUUGGCUUCAGUGCAGGCAAGCCUUGUUGUGUAUCCAUUGCUACCUAGUAUCUAAAUUAAUGGUUUCAUGAUAGUAUUGCAAAAUCCUCAUCACUAAUCUGCUUAUAAGAAUAAAUAAUAAUAAAGGAUCAUAUGUAUAUUUAUUUAUUUUAAAACAUUAUCAAAUUUUUUUCAUAUUGACUAGGAAAGAAAUUUUUUUAUCAGGCAAUGUCGCUGUAGUCAGAUCUUAUGUUUCUGGAGCAACCACAGUGAAAGAAAGAACCAGUAGCAUGGCAAACCUGAGCAUAUUUCAAGCCAUGGGUUUCAUUCUAGGGCCAGGUGAGAUUAAUGAAUUUAGAAAGUAAAUGAUUUAUGAAGAAUUAGUUACAAUAUAGCUUAAGUAUGUUUAUUCACUGAAUUGAUAUUUUAGCUUUUUUUUUUUAUGGUUUGAUCCAUUACGAGCUAUUUAUAAAUGAGUUAAAGAAAAUAAGACUUUUUAUAUAUAUUAAACACUGACAAUAAUUAAAUAUAUAUCAAUUACUUAUGUGUAUUAAUUUGAAAUGGAAUAUUAUUGUCAGCAGAGGAUUGGUUAAAUAAAUUCUUUUGACAAAGUUAGCAAUCAUGUAAUGCAAAAUCUUUUGUCAACAAAGUGGAAUAUAAACUUAAGAAAAUUAUUGCAAUUAACCUGUGCUUCCUUUUUUGUCACAGAGUGCAUUCCUGCACCUAUUUUUGGCGGAAUUUAACUGAAGUUAUCUUAAUGUAUCUUUUUAAAAAAUUAAAAAAUGAGAGUUCCAUCCCCUUUUUUCCUUACAAAAGAAAGCACUGCCCUUAACAAAUAUUUUUUAUGUGACAUAUAGAAUUAGAAGAAAGGUUUAAAUAUUUUUUUUUUUUAAGUCACAUAUAGGAAAAAUAAUUUUAAAAAAUAUGAAUCUUUAUAUACGGUAAACCUUAAAAGUAAAAAUUUAAAAUUUUGAUUCCCCCUCAAAAGUCAUCCAAGCUGCCCUGGUGCCAGUGGGAUAUCCAGGCCCGAUAGAAAGUAUCGGUUUCCACUUCAACAUGUACACAGCUCCUGCUUUCUUUGCAUCUUUUGUCGCCGUCAUCAAUCUGUUGCUGCUGAUCUUUGUUUUCAAAGAGCAUAGGGUUUAUGAUGAUGAUAUGCAAUGCAAUGUGCAAGCCAAGGACACAGCUGAUGAGGAUGAUAACAGUGGUGGGUAGUGUUGGUGGAUUAAUUAAAGUAAUUCUGGGAUUAUGCAUGUCGUGUUCUUGGACCGGUUGAAAUGUAUGGAGACAGUAUCAUGUUGAUACAAAAUAUAUUUAGGUGUAAGUGUAGCAAAUUUUUUGCAACAGAUUUUGUCAUUUGCAAUUCACUUUUAUUUGUACCAUAGUUUUCUAUAAUGUUUUGAAAAAAUGUUUUUCCUGCUAAUAGCCGGAUAAAUAAAAUAGAGCAAACUUUUUAUCCCAUGUCAAUUAUAUUCAAAGAUUAAUGUUAUCUCUUAUAUAUAUAUUUUGCUUCUGGUGCAUCCUGCUUCCUCUUCUUCCCCCCCACCCCCCCCCCCCCUUCCACGUUUAACAUUAUUAUUAGUGAGUGAAAAAAAAGGCUGUCAGGCAGCGAGCUUCAUGCGUGACGGUUGAACUCCGGUAAAUAGGCUGAUUUUUAUCUUGAGGGGAGGUGACUAAUAUAUUAAUCAAUAAAGAGCCACAGUUGUGGUGCAGGGCUGUCUUUAAGACUGUUGUUAAAAGCCCGGCAGGUAAGAUGUAGGACAGUCUGUUGGUCUAUUUUUUAAAAGUCGUCAAGUAGGGUGUAGGACUAUUGUUUAAAGGCUGGCAUAUGUUAUAGAAAAUGAGAAAUUAACUUUUUUUGUGUGUAAAACUUGGACCUACUGUGUAUUUCUAAAAUAAGAAAAAGCUGUACCUACUUAAAAAAAUAUUACCUUAGACAUGCUAACAAAAUUAGAGAAUUUAGGUAAACUCAUGCGAAGUCAUAUAUCAAUGUCUCAGGGGAUUUCAUAACUCAUGUAAUGUCAUAUGUCAAUAUCCCAGGGGAUGUCAUGUUGUAGUGAAUGAUUCACUAAAAAGGAAAUCCCAAAUGAUUUCAAGAUGUUUCAACAUUUUUUAGAUUCAAUUUAAAUACUUUUCAUUUUUUAUUUACAGUGCUAAAAAAUUCCAUGGAAACGUUUGACUACAAACCUGAUUAUGUGGCUGUCAUCUCAUCCAUAUUUCUCUUCUUUGUUGUUCUAUUCAUGUUUACAGUGUUUGAAACGUGAGUGUAGUGUCCUAAAUGUUCUUCUAACCUUUUAAUUAUCACAUUACGGUACUAUAAGUAUAAGAAAUUAAUUACUGAGGAUACUUUUGGUUUGAAUUUCUUUUGGCUUUAUAAAAGUGAUAUCAUGUAAUAAAAAUACCCUGUGAUGGUAUUUUAUAAAAAUAUUUAUCUCUAUCAACACAGUAUUGGUACACCUCUAACUAUGCACAUGUAUGCUUGGAGUAAAUCAAAGGCAACAUUAUACCAAGGAAUCACAUUGGGAGUUGCUGGCUUUCUGUCCAUCAUUGUCUUCUUGGUGGCUAAGCAACUGGCUAAAAAGUUGGUUAUUAUAAGAUUUGUUUCAUUUUACUAUUAUGCACAGUUAUAUGAGUUACGAAAUAGUUUGGAACUUACACAUUUUUACCACUCCUAAUCUUUUAUAAUAACUAAAUUAAAACGUCGUCUACUCUUCCUUUUAUGUGUUGGUGUGACCAUGGGCUGGAUAAUUAAAUUUAGUGAACAAUGUCAAACUAAAAUGGCAUUGUAACAAUAUCUACCAGUAAUAACAUUUGUAUUACUGCAAGAGAGUUUGUAUAUGGGCAAAACUUUAUUUUAUAUAAUAUGAUGUUUUAAUAAAGCUCUUCAGUCGUAUUGUAGUCACAGUUAUAGCAAGCUUUAACCUCACCAGAAGUUAUAUUUUUAUAUUCAUUUUAGUUUUUGGCCAUAAGAUAAUGAGUUGCUAUUUUGAUUUCUUUUUUUUUAAAUGAAUCAGUAAUUUCACUUUAAUAGUUUAGUUGUAUUUAUUUCCAUUUCAGAUACAAUGAAAGAUACUUGCUGCUGAUUGGCUUCAUAUUUUGUCUUUGUGGAUAUUUUGUUUACAUUCCAUGGGGACACAACCUGCCUCCUCGAGGACUUGCACGUGAGUUUUUUUUAUGUAUUAUGCUUAACAUAAGCCAUUGUAUGCUUAACAAUCAAUAGAAAUAGUUUUUUUAUCAUAAUUUUAAAUUAGCUGUGUUAAUUGAUAACCACCAAUUUUUUCAAAAUGAAUUUGUUAGAUGGAAAAUUACUCAAUGGGAAAUUUUUUCAAACUGAAGUUCAUUUAAAAUGAAAUAAUGGAAAACCAACAAAAAUACAUGUGUUAAAAAAGUUUACAGUUUCUCCAUUUCUCACUCGCACAUUCCCUAAAAAUGCAUUUAAAAAAAAAUUAAUUAAUAAAUCUCCCUUCUUUAACAAAUUUAAUUCUCAACAAACUUCCAUUUGGACAAAUUUCUGUCUUAACAAACUUUUUUUUAAACAAAUUUCUGGAUACUAUGUUAAUUUUAUAAAUUAACUCAGCAUUAGUUAUUAAAAGGAUUUUUUUUAAAAUAUAUUUACUGACCAAUUCAUAAACUUUUAUAAUUUUUUUUAACAUUGUAAUAACUGCAGUUCUGAAAGAUUCUUAAUCACUUCAUUUAAAUAUGGAAAAGUCAUUUUAAUAUAAUAUAUCCUUUUAAUUCUUUCCCAGCAAUAUCACCACAAAAUAAAUCCAAUGUUAUUCCAUAUCAAGGGAUAUACAGUCUUCCAUACUAUCUGUUCUAUAAAGUGAGUGACAGUAGUUCAUCACAAGCAUUUACCCUAGAACACUUCAAAGAAAUAAACUCUACUCUAGUACAUCACUUGAUGAAACUACCUGGUUCUGACACUUAUUUAAGUAUUAAGAAUGAGGAUAGCUCAGUUACACCUCAGACUAUUGUUACGGCCAUUGUCACCAACACCACAUACACACCUGAGGGAUGUCCUUGGAAUUAUGCAUGGUGUGACUACGUUCCUGUUAUACAUAUUGCUCAAUUUUUGUGUGCUACAAUACUUAUCAGUAUUGGCUAUCCCAUGUGUAAUAUGCUGAGUUACACCAUCUACUCCAAGGUGUUGGGACCAAAGCCUCAGGUAAGGAUCUCACUUUCCUUUUUGGAAUAUGUUCAUUUAACUAAGCAGCCUGGUUGAAGGUUUUAAAAUAAUUCUAAAAGAAAUCUGAACAUUUGGUUGUUGAUACCUCAACACAAAUCAACACAAAUAUGUACAGAAAUGUUCACACAUUUUUUAUGGUAGUUUCACCAAAUUACACUGUAAAUUUUCAGACAGAGCUGGGUACCCAUACAUGUAUAGGAUGCAAAAUAGUUGUAACUUAAAUUAAAUGAAUUUGUCUGUGCAUCACUCAUUUAAAUGAAUCAACCUCUGCACUGAAUAUCAGUCAUUAAAUUGAGCUGAACUGUGCACUGAAUAUCAGUCAUUUAAAUGAACUGACCUGUGCAUUGAAUAUCAGCCAUUUCUUCUUUUAAUAUCUAUUUUUAUCUUAAUGCUUUUCUCAUUUUCGUAGGGUCUGUGGAUGGGCUGGCUUACUGCCUCAGGUAGUUUGGCUCGUACAGUCGGUCCUGUGUAUGUCUCACAGGUUUAUGACUCCUUUGGACCUCAAGUUACUUUUGGCAGCUGUUGUGGCUUCAUUGUUGUAACUAUUGUGUUCUACUUGUUGAUUUUCCGCAGACUUGUACCAUUUGCUUCUAAGGAGGCUUCCUUGACAAGAUUUGGGGGCAGCAUUACUCAGAGAUAACUCUAGAAUUCCAUGUUUACCUCACUAUUUAUUAUAACGGCAGGCUAUCAGUUCUAAAUGGAAGUAAUGGAAUUAUUUUUAAUGCAUUAGAACUGAAGCCUACAUGUCUUAAUCAUUUUCAUGGGUGAACUAAAUAUUUACCUUGUGCUUUAAUAAUCAAUAAUAAUCAAUACUCUGACAUUUUUUUUCUAAGGCAAAAUGUAUCAAAAACUUGAUAUCGAGUUUUGAUAUGAAGGGCUCAACAGAAAAAUCAGUGAUGUCAGGUUUUGAGAGUUUGGAGAAAAUUGAAUUUAAAGUUUGAAAAUUCCUCAUAAAAGUAUGAAAAUAUCAAGAUGUCUACGUAUUUAUUUAUUGACUACACUGCUUUUUCAGUUGGACCUAUGUAUCAUAUUAUUCUUUUAAAUGGAAUUUAGCCACAAGGGAGAUAACAUAGAAAUUUUGAAAAACUGACAUCACUGGUUUUUCCCUUGAACCCUUCAUAUGUUAUCAGCUGGGCCUCAUAAGUGUCUCUUUGUGAAGGUUCCAGGAAAUAUGCUUAAAUGUUUAGAAAAAUGAUGCUCUUAUCAGUUUUAAUAUAUACUACUCUGUAAGGUGCAGCUAGCUAUUUUUGGCGUCAAAUAAACACUACUGCAAAAUACUACACCGCAGCAAAGUUUAAUUUGCCCAAUUGUACAAACUAAAAUUUAAGCUCAUGAAAAGCAUAACAUUACCAAACCUAUACUUUCAACAUGUGUGAGUUCAACAGCUCUUGUUAAAAAAAUAAAUCUAUGGGCAUUAGUCCUAGAUGAGAAAUAAGUUGUCAUCCCCCCACUCCCCCCACACCCCUUUCCAUGGAAUGAAUAAUUAAGAGAUUAAUAAUGCAGAGCUACAUUUAAAAAAAAAAAUUAUUUAUUUAACCAAGAUCGAACAUCAUCGAGCCUACCUGGCAUGGUUUAGACAUGCCGUCAAUACUUUCAAUUUUGUUCAAUUUGUUUAGGCGUGUCUGUUACAGAUGACACUGAAUGAGCCGACCCUAGUGAUAGGUAUGCCUGUUACAAAUGACACUGAAUGAACCACCCCUAUGUUAUGAUGUUCUUCUCUAAUUUAUUUGCUCCUUGUUUUGCAUAAUGCAUUUACAAAUUAUCUCUAUUAAUCUUUGCUCUGAGCUAUUCUUUCCAGCUCAUUCUACCUCUUACCAUUAUUCUCACUCUCUGUGUUGAGCCCCCUUUUCUAAAUGAUCUCAUAUGGGAUCUUUUCAAGCCAUUUUGUUUUUAGGAUCUUCCACAAAUGUCAGUUGAUAAAAACCUGUAAUUAAUUUUGGUUGUUCUUCAUGUUUCACAUCCAUGGGGAAUGUUUUGAUGUUACUCAGUUAAAUUAUGAUUCUGACUUCCUCUAUGAAGAUUUAUCAAGUACAAUUUUCAUAAUUUUAAUGCCAUCACAGAGUUCAGAUCUAUUGAUUCUAUUAUUGAAAACUUUUCAUUUGUAAAAUCUUUCAUCAUAAUACUCAUAAUUGCUCUGAUGUGUAUAUUAUUUAUUUGGUGAUAAAAUAUUAAAUAUAAUGCUGAAUAUAUGCAAUUUUAUUAAAAUUUAUGUGACAAAACUGUCAUUUACAUCUGUAAAUGAGCAAAGUUAUUUUUAUGUACUUUGUGAUCAAUUUGUAUGGUCCUACAUAUAGAAUCAUGUACGGUAUAUAGAAAAUUAAUUAAAGUCUGAAAUAAAUUUUACAAUACUAUUAAAAUGUAACUAAAUUAAGAGAUGCCUUUGCUGGAAACACUAAUAAUUUUCCUUAUUUAUCUUCUUCUUAUUAUUAUUAUAUUUGAGGGGCCCACGAUCAAUUUGUUGAUCAUUCUGGCUCCUGGUUUAAAUUCAGAGUUUGCCUUCUCUUAUAUGGGUUGCCGUCCAAGUCCCAUCCACCCGGAGUGCUUGAGAUGUUGCUUUGGUGGGAAUUGAACUCAAGACCACCAGCCAUUUGGUUUGAGACAGUUUAGACCACUCGGCCACCCAGCACCCUCUUCCAAUAUAAUGUUAUUAUAAUAUAAAUAUAUUAUUGUCCUAUUCUGAGGGGGGGGAAAAAACUCUAUUAUCCCAUCUACAAAUUGUUUUAGGCAAGUGGUUUCAAAGAUUACAAUGAGAUAUAUAUGGGGUAUAAUUUUGGGAGCCUGAAAACUGGAACACAAAAUAUGGAGUAAUAUUUAUAACAAACAAUGUUACUUUAUUAAUUUAUUUUAAUGUAUUUAAUUGUAACCGGUACAUAAAAAGAUAUUAUAAUUAUUUGUAUCAUUAAUUUUAAGUAAAGACAUAACAGUGAACAAGAUAUAUUUACAUAAUUACAUUUGAAUUCUAUGUGCCACUUUCCUGUUCUCAAAUUAAAAUGUAUUCUUUUGUCAAAAAGUCUUUCACUGAUACUGGUACAUUUAUGUAUUUAUUAAGAAAACUUUUACAAAUUCUUUGAACUAAAUCAUUCACAAAAUUAUGCUAAACAUUAUUUGAUAGAUCUCAUUUUUUUUACAAGUGAUUUUAGUAAAACAAUAUAGAAAGAACCGAGAAUAUAAACCUUACUGCAGAGAGACGCACUACCUGGGGAAUUAAUGAUUUUCUAGAAGAAAAGAAACAAAUGUGUCUAGGAAUCAACAGCGGGGAAAGUCUCACUUUUAUUUUGCUUAUUAUUUUUAAUGAUGCACUGUUAAUAUUUAUCAAGCUGAACAUUUAGACUGGAGACAAAAUAAGUUUAAAAGCAUUUUAUGUUUUUUCUUUAAUCUGUGUCAUUAUAAUCUACUAGAUAAUAAAAUUUAAAAUGUAAAUGUAUUGACACAGUUUUAAAAUAUGAAACUCUAUGUUCCUGUGAAAUUUUAAAGCACACUAUAAAUUUUAUAAACAAUAAGUUGUGUUUUGUUGAUGACAUGAUUUGAGUGAGAAAGUAUUAGUAGACUCUCCAAUGGUAUUUUGAAUCAGAAAAUAACCACUUUCAUUAUUUCAAAAUUGUAGAUAAAUAUUUAUUUUUUAUACAAAAUAUGAUUGAUGUUGAUAUUACACGCAUAUCCUACAAAUUAAACUUUCAUUACAGAC